AUUAUUUUUCAGAUCCUCCAAAGAGCGUCUCAGUGUCCGUCAGUGGAUCUGCUGUAAUAGUGUCUGGAGAUUCAGUGACUCUGAACUGCAGCAGCGACUCAAACCCUCCUGCACUGAACUUCAGCUGGUUAAAAGGAGAAUCAUCUGUAGGAUCUGGAAGAAUCUUCAGCAUCUCAAACAUCAGCUCUGAUCACAGCGGAGAAUACAAGUGUAGAGCCAGAAAUAAACAUGGAGAGAAAAACUCUGAUCCUGUGAUGCUGAAUGUCAUGUAUCCUCCCAGGAAUGUCUCAGUAUUUAUAAAUGGAUCUGCUGUAAUAGUGUCUGGAGAUUCAGUGACUCUGAGCUGCAGCAGCGACUCAAACCCUCCUGCUGUGAACUUUACCUGGUUUAAGGAGAAUCAAAGCUCAGCUGUUGGAUCUGGACAGAGUUUUAGUGCACUAGAUAGUGGUCGAUACUACUGUGAGGCUGAGAAUAAAUAUGGCUCUCAGAGAUCAGAGUCUGUUUCAGUCACUGAAGGGGUUCAGAGAUCUGCUCUGCUCACACUUACUGGGGUUGUGGCGGGAUGUGGAGGAUUGAUCUUCAUCAUCAUCUUCAUUAUUGUGUUCAUAUGGUGAGUGAAUGCUGAGCUGAUCUCGAAUUAAAAGGCUGUUUCAAAAAUUAAAAUGAAUAUAGAACUUACUGAACCCGAGGCAUUAAUGAAAAUAUAUGUUAAUAUAUUACUUUUUAAUACUUUGAAAUAUUUUUCUUCAGGAAGAAGAAGAAGAGA